CACAAGCAAAGAAGAAGAAGAAGAAGAAGAAGAAGAAGAAGAGGGUUUUGAGAGAUGGGGAGGGGCAAGAUUGAGAUAAAGAGAAUAGAGAACUCAAGCAACAGGAAUGUGACCUUCACAAAGAGGAAGAGUGGGAUCCUGAAGAAGGCUAAGGAGAUCAGCGUUCUCUGUGAUGCUAAAGUUUCGCUUGUUAUCUUUGCCAGCAAUGGAAAUAUGGUGGAAUACUGCAGCCCUUCAACUACGCUGAUUGACAUCUUGGAGAUGUACCACAAGCGGUCUGGGAAGAAGUUGUGGGAUGCCAAGCAUGAGAACCUCAGCAACGAAAUUGAUAGAAUCAAGAAAGAGAAUGACAGCCUGCAGAUUGAACUCAGGCACAUGAAGGGGGAGGAUAUCACAUCUUUGAACCAUAAAGAGCUCAUGCUCCUUGAGGUUGCCCUUGAAAAUGGCCUCAGCAGUAUCCGCGAGAAGCAGAUGGACUGCUGGAGGAUGGCUAAGAAAAAAGACAAUUUCUUGGAGGAGGAGAAUAAGUGCCUUAAUUUCACUCUGCAUCAGCAGGAGAUGGCCAUGGAAGCAGCAAGCAGAGAAAUGGAAGAUGAUUAUGAGCAGAGGGUGAGGGACUAUAAUAUUUCUCAAAUUCCUUUUGCUUUCCGUGUGCAGCCUAUUCAGCCAAAUCUACAAGAGAGGAUGCAAUGGUAGUACGUAGUUACUGAUUUGAUUUUAGCUGUCCAGUGUCUGUAAUAUUUUUCUCCUUAUGCUAUACUAUAUG